UGGAUUUUGCGAUUAUUUUUCUCCGCGUGCGAAACCAGAUUUUUCGAGAAGCCGUGGAAUCAAGAUUGUUGUUGUUUAAAAGUUUCUUCCGUUGGAAUCCUACCCGUCUCUGCUGCUGACAUGUCCAGCCGAGGUCCCUAUUCCUUGUUUAUCGGGCGCAUCCCCAAACAUGUGCGUGUGCGAGAGCUGGAGGACAUCUUUUCGCGUUACGGUCCUCUUUCGCGCUGCGACAUCAAGUACAGCGGAACUGGCUCCGCGUUCGCGUUUGUGGACUAUGAAGACCGACGGGAUGCUGAGGACGCCAUCAAGUACGAGAACGGCCGGGAACUGCACAACUACAACAUUGUCGUAGAAUGGGCCAAGAAGCCGACGCGACCGGGGUAUGAUCGCGACGACCGCGGUGGCGGCCGGGGUGACUACGGGCGGGGCGGAUCGGGUCGCGGUGGAUCGGGACGGGGCUACGGGCGGGAUGACCGGGAUCGGGACUAUCGCCGUCGCUCGCGUUCUCCUCGCGACGACGACCGUGACCGUCGACGACGUCGAUCGCGCAGUGCCGACGAGGACCGGAGCAGCAAGCGCCGCCGCAGUCCCUCCCCCGCGCGCAACGGCAAGGCGGACGGCAAGGGCAGCCCGGACCGCCGGGCCUCUCCGGACCGACGGGACAUUAAGCGACGGGACAGCGGAUCGCGGUCGCCGGCCGGGAACGGCGCGGGAGCGGGCGGCGGGUCCGGCUCGGGUGGUCAGGGUAAGGAAGGUGAUGCACGCGCUUCACGAGGAUCGGGCUCACGGUCACGUUCGCCUUCGCCCCGACAGGAGCGUGGUACUAGCCAGGAGCCCAAGCUGGAGACGGAGGAGCUGGAGGAGGAGCCCGGCAAGGCGCCGGCGCUGACGGAGGGGGACGGCGCCGAGCCGGACGCGGACGACGGGGAGGGGUCGGCGCGGGGCGCCUCGCGCAGCCGCAGCGCCUCCGCCACGCCCUGAACUCACCUGUUUUCCUGUUUUAUAUUAUCUCUUGUUCCCGUUUUCAUCCCCGCCGCUUUGCACUGACGCUGAGCACCGCCUCGUCCCCGCCUGACCAGUCCUCCUCCUUGUCCAGUUGCCGAAACAGCCCCGCUUUCCAUCCUUCGCCCCUCCUCGUUCCAGCGCUCGCCCAUGAUCUCCCGCGGACGCUGUACAAGUGCGAAUCAUUUGUUUGUUUCUCUGUCAUAAUGACCGUCUUUUUUCUUUCUGUGUACUGGCAUUGCCUGUCUCUUCGGCUAACCGUGAUUAUUCUUGUUUUGUUAUUCGGUUGCUGUCCGUUUCGGCCGGCGCGCAGUCCGUUGUUGGGGACUGCUGUCGGCGGUGGAGCUUGUGUUGUUGUAUGGCUGUAUGAUAUUGUACGGGAUGUUUGACAGGUCGGCCGUGACGGGAUGGUUGUCUCAGUGCCGAAUCAUAUGCAGUUGACUGA